UAUUCACCCCAUUAAUUUGUGUUUAUUAUGGUUAUUUAAUUUCGCAUUAUUGUCUAUUACAAAUCCAGAAUCGCAUAUUAAAUUUGAGAAGAUCCAUUCACAUCAUAAUGGCAACUUUCUAAAAAUCAAGAAUCCGAAUUUAAAAUUUUCACCAAAUCGACUGUAUCUCCAUCUUUUGAUUUUUGGGAAUGGGCAGUGUCUCCAUCUACCAUAUUGAAUUAUAGCCAAUUUCUGAGCGUCCUCCUCCAGAAACACCAGUGCAUAAAUACCAAAACUCGUUCAGACGUGAAAAACGCCAUGGCUACCAUACUCGAAACAUGUCGAGUUCCAGCUCCAUCAGGCGCCGCCGCUGAGUUAUCGGUGCCUCUUACUUUCUUCGACAUCCCUUGGCUGCAUUUCCCGCAUCCGAUUCGUCGCCUUCUCUUCUACGACUACCCUUGUUCUAAGCCCCAUUUCUUGGAGACCAUUGCUCCAAAACUCAAAGAAUCUCUUUCCUCCACUCUCGGCCACUACCUCCCAGUAGCAGGCGAUUUGAUCUUCCCGUUGAACUCUGAGAAAAAGGCCGAAAUUCGGUACGUUGCCGGGGACUCAGUAGUUUCGCUGACAAUCGCCGAGUCUGGUAGUGAUUUCGAUGAUCUUAUUGGAAACCAUGCGCGUGAUGCUGAUCAGUUCUACGAGUUUGUGCCCGAUAUAGAUCCUGUAAAAGAUGAAUCCGAGUACCAAAGGGUUCCUGUUAUGGCCCUGAAAGUGACUUUGUUUCCGGGUCGUGGUAUAUGCGUUGGGUUCGCCAAUCUUCAUUGUCUUGGUGAUGCGAGUUCGCUUGUCGGUUUUAUUCAAGCAUGGGCUUCGAUCAACAAACUCGGGGGAGAUGAGGAAUUUCUAACCAAACAAGGUGAAUCUUUGCCGAUUUUCGACAGAUCUGUCAUUAAAGACCCGCUUGGAGUUGAUACCAUCUUCUGGAAAAUAAUAAAAGAGGUUCCUUUGAAAUCAUCGUCUUUUCCAUUGCCCACCAAUCGAGUCCGAGCGACAUAUAUUCUCCACGACACUGAUAUAGAAAAGCUCAAGUAUUUGGUUUGGGCAAAGAAACCAGGUCUCAGUCAAGUCUCUUCUUUCGUCGUCACGGUGUCCUAUGUCUGGACUUGCUUGGUGAAAUCUGGGGAGCAAGUUGAUGAUGAUGUGCUGGAAUACUUUAUUUUCGCGGCGGAUAUACGGGAACGGAUUGAUCCACCAGUUCCUGCCAAUUACUUCGGUAACUGCUUGGGUUAUGGGGCCGCCAGAAUCGAGCAUAAACAACUUGUCGGGGAACAAGGGUUUGUGAUGGCUGUAGAGGCUAUCGCCGACCAAAUCAAGAAUAGGGUAAACAAGAAGGAUGAAGUGUUAAAAGGUGCUGAGAAUUGGCUAUCAAAGAUUAAGAAAAUGACUGGGAUAAGGUCAGUGGGGGUGUCUGGAUCCCCAAAAUUCGACUUGUCAACUGUGGAUUUUGGAUGGGGAAGGGCAAGAAAGCUGGAAGUCGUGUCCAUUGAUGGAGAGAAGCAUUCCAUAUCUUUGUGCAAGUCAAGGGAUUCAGAGGGAGGAUUGGAGGUUGGGAUGUCUUUGCCGAGGACACGAAUGGAAGCUUUCGCAGCUAUCUUUGAUGACGGAUUAAGGUUCUGAUAGUGCAUGUCAUGUUCGUACAAAGUACUGUGGUCUGACAAUUCAACUCUGUUUUCAUUUAUAAUUAUCUGCUUUUGAUUGUUGUCUGCCUGCAUGCUUUCAUUUGAAUUAAGAAACAAAGAAA